CUGAUAGGUGGCACUGAUUGGCAUUGAUAGGUGGCACUGACUGGCACUGAUGGGUGACAUUGAAAGGCAGCUCAGAUGGGAAAUGAUAUGUGGCAUUGAUGUGCACUGGUAUGCACUGAUAUGUGGCAUUGAUAUGGCACUGAUGGGCACUGGCACGUGGCACUGAUGAGCACUGACAGGUGGCACUUCUGGGGCCACACUGAUCAUCAGGGCACACUGAUCAUCAGUGCCCUGCGGCUCUCUUCUCCUCUCAAGCUGUCAGCGUGACAGCUCGAGAGGAG